AUGGCGCAGAUUCAAGUGCAACACCAGAAUGUGGCGGCGACUAAUGGGGCUAAUGUAGUGGCUGCGCCGGCGCAGGCGCCGAGUGGGGGAACGAGUCAGUUUCCAUCGACGUCGUUGUACGUUGGGGAUUUAGAUUUCAAUGUGACUGACUCUCAGCUAUACGAUCUGUUCAACCAGGUUGGUCAGGUUGUUUCUGUUCGGGUUUGUCGGGAUCUUGGUACUCGUCGUAGCCUCGGCUAUGGUUACGUUAACUAUAACAGCCCACAUGAUGCGGCAAGGGCAAUUGAAGUGUUGAACUUCACUCCUCUCAAUAACAAGUCGAUUAGAAUCAUGCACUCUCAUCGGGACCCCAGUAUACGCAAAAGUGGAACUGCGAAUAUAUUUAUAAAGAAUUUGGACAAGUCUAUUGAUCACAAAGCAUUACAUGACACUUUUUCAAGCUUUGGGAACAUUCUUUCAUGCAAGAUAGCUACAGAUCCUAAUGGCCAGUCCAAGGGCUAUGGGUUUGUACAAUUCGAUAAUGAAGAAUCGGCAAAAAGUGCUAUAGAUAAGUUAAAUGGCAUGCUCAUGAAUGAUAAGCAAGUGUAUGUUGGGCAUUUCCUUCGUAAGCAGGAGAGAGAAUCAGUUUUGAAUAAGACGAAAUUCAACAAUGUUUAUGUAAAAAAUCUAGCCGAGUCUACUACAGAUGAUGAUUUGAAGAACAUUUUUGGUGAACAUGGAACAAUUACUAGUGCUGUAGUCAUGAGGGAUGCCGAUGGCAAGUCAAAAGGUUUUGGGUUUGUCAAUUUUGAGAAUGCAGAUGAUGCUGCUAAAGCUGUUGAAGCACUAGAUGGAAAGAAAUUUGAUGAAAAGGAGUGGUAUGUUGGGAAAGCCCAGAAGAAAUCUGAGAGAGAGCAGGAACUGAAAAGUCAAUUUGAGCAGAGUGCAAAGGAAUCAGUUGAUAAAUACCAAGGAGUGAACUUAUACAUAAAAAAUUUGGAUGACAGCAUUGAUGACAGCAAACUCCAGGAAAUGUUUUCAGGGUUUGGUACAAUUACUUCAUGCAAGGUUAUGCAAGAUCCUGGUGGUAUAAGCAGAGGAUCUGGAUUCGUUGCCUUUUCAACUCCUGAAGAAGCUUCUCGUGCACUUUCUGAGAUGAAUGGCAAAAUGGUGAUCAGUAAGCCACUCUAUGUUGCACUUGCACAGCGAAAAGAAGACAGAAGGGCAAGAUUACAGGUGCAGUUCUCGCAAAUGAGACCUGUUGCAAUGCCACAAUCAAUUGCUCCUCGUAUGGCAGUGUAUCCUCCUGGUGGCCCUGGUAUUGGACAACAACUAUUUUAUGGGCAAGCUCCCCCUGCCCUAAUUCCCCAGGCUGGAUUUGGUUAUCAGCAGCAGCUUGUUCCCGGCAUGCGUCCUGGUGGAGCUCCUAUGCCAAAUUUUUUUGUGCCGAUGGUCCAACAUGGUCAGCGCCCUGGUGAUAGGCGAGGAGCUGGCCCUGGGCACCAAACUCAGCAAUCCAUGCCAAUGAUUCAACAACAGAUGCUUCCGAGGGGGAGAAUGUAUCGUUAUCCUCCUGGUCGGAAUGUGCUAGAGGGUCCAAUUCCUGGAGUUGCCGGAGGUAUGGUUUCUGCACCAUAUGACGUGGGUAGCAUGCUUCCUCGAGAUGCUACAAUAUCACAGCCUAUGCCAACCACUGCUCUGGCUUCAGCCCUUGCAAAUGCCACACCUGAACAGCAGAGAACGAUGUUGGGUGAAAACUUGUACCCUCUAGUUGAUCAGUUGGAGCAUGAGCAUGCGGCAAAAGUUACAGGCAUGCUUCUCGAAAUGGACCAGACGGAAGUUCUGCAUUUACUUGAAUCACCAGAUGCUUUGAAGGCAAAAGUUGCCGAGGCUAUGGAGGUUUUGAGAAAUGUUCAGUCAAACAGCCCAGCCGAGCAACUUGCUUCACUAUCCCUGAAUGACAACCUCGUUUCUUGA